UAAGAUUCACUACUUUAUAUGAUCAGUGGCGGGCAUGCAAAGUAAUAACCCUUGCAAAGGAAAUUAAAGGCCCCAAGCCAUUCCUUUCUUCUUUAUGCCCACUAUUCACUUACUUUCUUGCCAAGCUUAGAACACCCCCCCAUCCAAUUUCGUAUAAGAUUGGUUCAAUGAAACUGGUGAUUCACAGACAAACAUUAUUUUCAGCAUCAGCAACAAAAGCCAUAUAUACAUAUACAGAAAUUCAACCAUGCCGAUAUAUGACUCAUCAUCAGAGUCCGACAAUGAGAUCACCCCACGCGGAAAGCUCUUUGGACGCCAAAGGCCUAUGCAUGCCAUUCUUGGUGGAGGAAAAGUUGCUGAUGUAUUACUAUGGAGGAACCCAAAGGUAUCAGCCGCCUUGUUAACGGGAGUGACAACCAUUUGGUUUCUCUUCGAGGUGGUCGAGUACAACUUCGUCACCCUCCUCUGUCACAUCUCCAUCACCGCCAUGCUUGCCAUCUUCAUCUGGUGCAUUUCUGCUGAUUAUUUUGGAUGGAAACGUCCAACGAUCCCUCAGUUGUUAUCGGAUCAAGCUGCCUUCAGUGAAGUUGUUUACUUCUUCCAUUGGAGGUUCAAUCAGUUCCUUCAAAAGCUCCUCCACAUUGCUGGUGGGAAUGAUCCUGUCAAUUUCUUUCUGGUCAUUAUUUCUCUUUACGUACUAUCGGUGAUUGGAUCUUGUUUCGACUUCGUCAACCUUCUCUUCAUUGGGCUUGUGAGCAUGGAAACACUGCCAUAUCUGUACACUCGAUAUGAGGAUGAAGUUGAUUAUCAUGCUGGCCAAAUGACUCGAAAGGGGAGCAAAGUGUACAAAAGGUUUCUUAACAAGAUACCCAGAGGAACAGUCAAGGAAAAGAAACAUUCGUAAAUAGCCCAUGUUACCAUUCCACAUGUAAAUGUAAAUAAAAUCCUGUAAAAUAAUGAAAUAUGUUCGAUGGGGUGGUCUAAUAAAACAGAUUUACAGUCUGAUCAAUGAAUCUAAAUGAAAGCAAAAAACCAUUUUCUGA